AUGAGUCAGCAAAUCCAACCAUCAAUCGAAUCCAUAUUCGAGAACAACAAGAAAUGGGUAUCAACCAAAAAGGAUGAAGACCCGGCUUUCUUUGAGAAGCUCGCGGCGGGGCAGACACCAGACUACCUAUACAUUGGCUGUAGUGAUAGUCGGGUCCCCGCCAACGAGAUUAUGGGCCUUGAGGCCGGCCAGGUCUUCGUUCACCGCAACAUUGCCAAUCUCGUGCCCAACAUCGACCUCAAUGUUAUGUCGGUAGUCAAUUAUGCGGUGCGCCACCUGGGUGUAAAACAUAUCAUUGUCUGCGGCCACUACAAUUGCGGAGGGGUCAAAGCUGCACUGACACCGACCGACCUGGGCUUGCUCAAUCCCUGGCUGCGAAACAUCCGAGACGUGUACCGCCUUCAUGAGAAGGAGUUGGAUAAGAUCCAGGACGAGACCAAGAGGUACAACCGACUGGUCGAGCUCAACGUGAUUGAGUCGUGCAGGAAUGUUAUCAAGACUGCUGCUGUUCAACAAAGUUAUCGUGACAAAAAGUACCCGAUCGUUCAUGGCUUUGUAUUCGAUCUACGUGACGGUCUGCUUAGGGACCUCCACAUUGAUUUUGAGAGCAUGCUAGAGGACGUGAUGAAGAUCUACCACUUGUCUCCGGACUCUGCUCACUCGGAGACUUCUGGUGGAGCUUGA